GCUGUCUGUCUCUCUCUCUCUCUCUCUCUCUCUCUCUCUCUCUCUCUCUCUCGCUCUGUCGCUUGGUUUCUGUCUCCUUUUGUCUGGACUCCUCCUUUUUAAGAGCUGGACACUUCAUCUUUCAUUUUUCCUUUAUUUUUUAUACUUUUUUUUACUGAAACAUGUUGAAGAACCAGUGGAUUACUAACUAUCUCAGCCAUGUCACACAGUGUGGCCAAGGGCGGGGAGGUGAGCCGCCUGUUAAAUUCUGCAACCCUGCGCUGCUACAGAAAGGAGCUCUGAGCUUUUCUAAAGACUUUGAAGACAAGAACACACUGGUUAGGAGUGUCACAGAUAUCGAUGCCAACCUUCUUGCUGUGUUGCCCAAAGUUUCAGAGCUAAGGAAACAUUUUGAAACGGCAAUCAAAACUGAACCAAAAAUGAAUAGGAAAGAGAGGAUUGCACGAAGGCUGGAGGGUAUAGAGACUGAUGUUCCAUCAGCACUGGUUUCAAACAUGCAACAUACACCUGGACUGGUGACCAAUCGGUUGCUAGAGGAGGACACUCCACGCUAUACACGUGCUUCAGACUCCAGUGAACCAGGCAUUGUGGUAAGGCGCUACAGUCGUGAUGAGCUGGAGGCUCCAGAGAGGCAGUCUAGGCCGCGUACGCGGCCCGAUCACCAGCCUCCUGCUCAUCCAGAUCCGGCCCCCAAUCCUGGAGGACCCGACCCGGCAAGCCUCAGCUCCAAAGCCGAACGGAUCGCACGCUACAAAGCCGAACGCCGGAGGCAGUUAUCAGAACGAUACGGGAUCCUUCUUGACCAGGAGGCAGAUACGGAUUACACACCACGAUACACGCGAGCACGGAGAGAGUCCGACCUGUCAGAAAAACAGGCUCUGUCUGACAGGGGGCGGGGCGAGAAACAGGAGGCGUGGCGAGAGGAGGAGGGCCACGAACGAAGUACCAGCAGGUCAAAAUACAGCAGUUCUGGGAUGGGACGGGUUUCUAUGCCAACUGAUUCCACCCCUGCCCCUGACACCACCCAUUCUAGGCCCAAGGAGCAACUGACCACUGUCCAAGCCCAAGAGAAAGACCGCCGGAGCUUGGAUUCAGAGCGAGAGAGAGAGAGGGCAAUGAACCUGGAGAACUACAGGCGAACACCAGACAGGGGCCCUAAACCAAGCCCACAGGAAGCUCCGGUCACUGUAGAGAUGACGCCUGCCCAGCCAGCCAGGGGUGUUGCUGUGGUGGCAAUGGCCAGCUCCCCACGGACAGCACGACGUGCCUCACUGCCCUCCACGCGGUACGGCAUCUCGCCCGGAGACCUGUUUAUCGAGCAACAGGCACAGAAUAUUCUUAGCCGCCAGGGAAUACGAGUGAGAGAAAGACGUGCAAGGGAGGACAGCUUAGGACGAGCAUCUGAUUCAGGAUCAGAUGCGUCCUCGGUCAGACGUCACCCAACAGUUACUCCUCUGUAUUUGGCCCCUCACUCUGAGCCAACAAACCAGUUGCGUACACGGAGUGCAGAACCCCCAGUCCAACAGCAGAAUCUUAAUGCUGAACCACUGCAUCACCAUCGAGCACAGAGUACUGAACGCCCACGAUACCAUCACACUCAGAGUACAGAAUCAGCUGGCUAUAAACACACACCUUCAGGUGAACAUCAGAAGUACCAACACACACCAGAAGCAGAACCUCAUGGGGUGCUUCCUAGCAUCCUAGUGGGUCACCAGACAGAUUACAGGCAAGCACAGCAAUCUUCACCAAGGUGCACAGACAUCAAACAAUCUUCUCAAACAUAUGCACCUCCUCAGCAGUCUUAUUCUGGAUACUUUCAGCAACCAUUGCCAAGCACUGGCCCACAUUCUGAACCAAGAUACAGAGACUCCCAUCAAUCAAUGCAUAUUGGUAGUGUCACUCACCAACCUGCACAACAUCUACCACCCAAAUAUGAGCAUGCCUUGCAUGCCUUUCCAUCAUAUGGACAGACAAAACAGCUUGUACCUGGGUACGCUCAUGGUCAGCCAUCACCUUAUGGUCCCACAGGAGGACUGCCUCCUACCUAUAAUCAAGCUCCCCACUCUGGUCAGGCCCACCCUCCAAGCCAACGUCCUGCUCCUUUGAAUGAGGAUACUGUUCACUCUUCACCUGGACCUCCUAAAAUGCUUGAAUCUCAUGAGACUUCAGACCUCCAAGGCCAUCCAUCUAUGACUCGGUUGGUACCUGGUAGGGAAGGUGUAGAAAGCAGGAGAAGUGCUAGUGCAGAUCAUAUUCAGCCUGUCCACAGAGAGGGUCGAGCAGCUUCUAGGGCUGAUCCACACUCUAAAGAACUGCUGAAGAGCAGAAAAGCUGUGCUGCCUUCUGAAAUCCGCCGCAGGGAAAAGAGUGUAGAUGAUACCAUGCAGAGAUGCGCCGAAGAAGCUUUGGAGAGUCGGAGAAGUAGGAGGAUCAGCCAGUUAGAAGAGGCUAAAGGAAGAGGUGGAGGGCGGAUUAGGCAGGGUGCAGAUGAAGGUGAAGGGAGAGACAGAAGAAGGAUCAGCAACUUGGAGGCAAGGGAAGGGCUUGAAGAAAGGAGAGUAAGACAUUUAGGAGAUGAAGGUAAAGGAGAAAAGAGGAUCAGCCAGUUUCAGGACAGAGUAGGUAAAGAUGAGGGGAGAAUCAGCCAGUCACAAGAAACAGAGGGACCAGAGGGCAGGAAAAGCAUGAUUGGGCAAAUUUUUGAGCAUGGUCACAGGAGGAUGGACCAGUUAGAUAAGAGACAGGAGAGGGAAGUUGGUAACAUAAACAUGUUAGAUGAAGCUCAGCAAUGUGCUGAAGGACGAUUUGAUGGGAAGGCAGGCCGGUUAGAAGGAAAAUUUCUUUGGGAUGAUAAGAAUAUUGGGCAAACAGGAGAUGCAGAGAUGGAAGUUGAAAACACGGAUGUACUGCAAGGCCAAGAUAACAAAAGCAUGAAUCAGUUAGAGGUAAAACAUGGACAGAUUGGACAGAGAAUCACACAAGUCAGUGACAGAGAUGAGAAAGAAGAAAAGAAUGUAAAAGAGUUGGAUAAAAUGGAAAGUGAUGGUCAAAAGGUUAUCCAAAAAGAAAUGUCUGAGGUAUAUGGUAGACGAAGGAGGAUCAGCCAGUCAGAGAAUGAUGAGGGGCAAGUCAGACGCAGAAGGAUAAGCCAGUCGGAAGAAGAUUGGAAAGGACGUAGGGUACAUAGAAUCAGCCAGUCGGAUAAGUGGGAUGGCAGAGAUCAAACUGGUCAAUCAGGUGGACAAGGGGAGGGAGGUGACGGAGACAGUCAUCUGCAUCAGAACCUGCCAGAAGCCAUGGACACCACACCCCCACAGCAGCAAGCCAAUGAGCCUUCAAAUCAGAGGGUGCCAGAAGUGAGUGGGUACUUACAGAGAGGCUCUUCCCUCCCUCAAGCACGCCAUAGGGGAAGCAGGGAUGGUGGCGACCUCAAGCCAAAAAUCCGGACUCGUUCCAUGUCAGACAUUGGAGUGACUCAGCGGUCUGCAGUAUUCCGCAGCCUAGAGCGUGCUGCAAGUCGAGAAUCUUUGCCGAUAGGAAUAGGAAUCCAUGCCAAAGAGACAGGAGCCACUAAUGGUGAAGUGGGCACCUUGGAUACAAGAGUUUCUGUGGCAAAGCUUAGACAUUCCUACCUGGAGAAUGCCUCUGGACGCAGGCCUGAACUGGAGUCCAAGGUAGACCCAACUGUUAUGGAGGCUGAUCCAGCAGGGGGUGUUGACCGAGAGAAAGGACCACGCCGGCCUAGACGAUACAUCACCCCUAGUGAUGACCGCAAGGCUUCUGAAAGGUUUAGGACUCAGCCAGUCACAUCAGCUGAAAGACUAGAAUCAGAUAGAUCUCGACUUAGUCCUACAGAGCUACAGAAGGCAGAAGUGGAUGAAGAGAAGUUGGACGAGCGAGCAAAGAUGAGUGUAGCAGCCAAGAGGUCUCUCUUCAGGGAGCUUGAGAAAACUGCAGAAGGUGGUGUUCCCAAACCUCGGUCACGUAAUGCAGCAGUGGAGCGGAGACUCAGACGGACACAGGACCGCUCACGGACCCAGCCCGUCACCACAGAAGAAGUGGUCAUCGCUGCAACUUCUCCUGGUUCCUCAUCCCAAAUCGUCACUGCUCAAACUACAACCCCCAGAAUUCCCAGUCCCACAGUAGUCAGCACAACAAUGACUAGCUUCAGCCUGCAGGCAUCCUCAGCCCCAGGCUCUACACCCCGAGAGAAGGAGAAGGAGGUUCCACCUAAAGAAGUGGAGUCAGGACAAGGAGCCGACACAGAGGAGCCAGACCUAUCAACACUGAGUCUGGCAGAGAAAAUGGCUCUAUUUAAUCGCCUGUCACAGCCUGCUGCCCAACCAGCAGACGGUGCUCGUGCCGAAUUGCGUCAACGGCGGGUCAACACCCGCUUCCAAACCCAGCCCAUCACUCAGGGGGAGGUGGAUCAAGAACUAACACAGGACAUAGCUUCAUCAGGUCACAAAGAUCCUGAUGCCAUCACUAACGUUUCUGUAGAACCACCACAGGGCAAGCAACUGCAGAACGGCAGUGUGAAGUUGGAGCCUCUCUCUGCAUCGUUGGUCCGGUCCGUUGCUGCGGUCACCGCCCAGGCCUCUGUUGCCACGGUGACAAGCCCUUCUAUGGCAAUGACUGGAGACGUCCACUUGGGGAUGUCCACGGCCCUCCCUCACACGCCGCCCACUCAUCCCUCACCCAAUCAGCCGCCAGACAGUAAGCUUCCAGCCUAUGAGAGAGGAGUGCGAUAUUUCAGCCUCACAGAGAGUGGAGAGAACCGUACCCCUGAAAUCUACUCUCCGCCCCCAGCAGAGGCCCUCGGCCAGUCGGCUCAAGGCAAGGGCGUGGCGGUAGCAGUUCCAGCGAAUGAGCAGAAGCAGGAGGAGGAGAGUGGGUGGAGGGAAAAAAUUGGCUUUGCAGAGCCCCCUCACGCCUUCCCUCGUACACACACCCUCUCACACGCUCACGGCAGGGGUGAGACUGAGCCGAGCCGCCAGCCAGAGCAAGAGAGGCAGCGUGAAUGGGAGAGAGAGCAAGAAAGAGAGCAAAAGGGAGAGAAAGAGAGCACACUCAUCCCGAAAAGAGGCUACCUCUCACCAGACGCUUUUCAGACGGGGCAAGGGUGCAGCAGCUCAGACACUCCUGAACCCAGACUUCAAGUGCGUACCGUGAGCACUGUGGCUGUUGCCUCCAGAAGUUCUUCACACGCUUCACACGUCACCUCUCACACACUUCCUUACCUACAACAGACACCGCCUCACACAUCACCUCAGUCCCAGCCACAGCUGCAGUCCCAGCCACAGCUGCAGUCCCAAACCAAACCGCUUCAGCUGCACUCUCAGACCUCCCCUCAGACGCACAUACGCUCUCAGCCCCAACUUUACGCUCAGACCUCACCUCAGACUCCUCCUAGAGCCCAGCUGGCCCCCUACCCUGACCACCAGUCUCAGCCUCAAUCCCACCUAUACACAGACGUCCAGUCUUCACCUCCACAACAGACAGCACAAGCAUACCAAGAACCCCAGCGACAGACACCAACUAAAGCACCCCCACAAACCCAACCGAAGCCUCAGACGUUCAUCCCCACUCAGUCGUAUUCCUACACCCCUCCGCAGACCAAGGUGCCACCACAGACACAGCCCAAACCCCAGUACUUCAUACCAAAUCAGCCCGAGGUCCAAACAGGCCCCUACAGCCAAGCUCAACCACCGGAGAUCUCUGUCUCUGGCCAGCUUGGUCCCCCUGAACCCCUCGCAUCCAGGGAAAAUCAGCCUGUGGCCCACGAAGAACCAGAGACAAUGACAUCCAUGUCGAUUAAAGAGAGAUUAGCCAUGUUGAAAAAGAGCGGGGAGGAGGAUUGGAAGAACAGGAUCAACAAGAAGCAGGAAGUCGUACAAGAAGUGGUGUCAAUGAGUGAGAAGAGCAGCCAAAUAUGGCAGGAGCAAGGCUUCAAGAAGAAGGAAGAAAGGGCUGUUGAGGAGUUUACGUCAUCUGAGCAGGUUUGGGAGCCUGUUUUUGCCUCCACCUAUUCUCCCCCUCCUUUCCCUUCCACCCAAAAAAGUCAACCUGUAGAGCAUCCAGGGCAGAGGCUGGGAGAGGAGGGCGAGAGGCAGAUGUCUAUUGAGGAACGGAAGCAGAUGAUCUCUACUCGAGAGGAGGCGUGGCAAAGCACUGGCAAGGGUGUGGCAAAUGACUCUGGCCAGUACACUGUGGCAGCUCGGAUGGUGAAGAAAGGUUUGGCUGCUUCCUCAGCGGUGAUCAGUCCCAUUCUGUCUCCUGUUUCUGCUAAAUUGAAGAGCAGCAUACCAGCCGUCUCCAAACCACAGGAGGAGAUUGAAGCCAGAGCAGAUAUGGAGUCUGAUAAGAAACUGGAUAAGUUGGAGACGUUUUUGGGACGUUUGAACAGUAAAGUGACAGGAUUGCAGGAGACAACUCUGACAGUCACUGAAAAAGCAGUGAAGGAAGUGAUGCGAUUGGAUGACGAGAUCUUCUCAAAGUUCUACCGUCACGUGGCGGACAUUCCACGUAGCAUUACCAGCAGAGUGCCGAUUGAGGAAGAUUUUGAUGUCAUCUUUGGUAAACAAACACCAAAGCUGACUUCAGCAAUGGUGCAGCACAAGAGGGCAGUUCGUCCAUCACGUAAUGUUCAGGCUUCUCGAAAUCCACUGAAGAUUCUUGCAGCGCGAGAGGACAUCAGACACGAGUACACUGAACAACGGCUAAACAUUGGCGUUCUGGAGAGCAAGAGGAUCAAACAGGAGAAAAUGAGUAAGAGCUCCAGUCUGUCGGAUGCUGCUCUGGCUGGUUUGGCCAGUAAGGAGAACUACAGCAGCGUUAGUCUUCGCAGUGUCAGCAUCUCUGAACAGGUCACCAAUAACAGUGCUGCUCCCUACAAGAAGCUCAUGCUCAUGCAGGUCAAAGGUCGCAGACACGUCCAGACCAGACUAGUCGAGCCCAGAGUGUCCUCUCUGAACAGCGGUGAUUGCUUUCUUUUGGUUACGCCUGAGCACUGUUUUGUUUGGAUAGGAGAGUUUGCGAAUGUCAUCGAGAGAUCAAAGGCGUCCGAGCUGGCCUCUUUCAUCCAGUUGAACCAUGACCUUGGUUGCCGGGCAACACAGGUGGAGACAGUUGAGGAGGGGGUGAACUCUCAAAGCCCUGCGGCAGCAGAGUUCUGGAAAAUUCUCGGCGGAUCAUCCGGUUACCAGUCGGCUGGGUCUCCAGAAGAGGACGAGUUGUUUGAGAGUGCGAUUGUGGAGACAAAUUGUAUCUUCCGUCUGGUGGAUGAUAAGCUGCUUCCUGAUGAUGAUUUCUGGGGCAAAGUACCUCGCAGCUCCCUGCUGGGGUCCAAAGAGGUCCUGGUGUUUGAUUUCGGUAGUGAGGUGUAUGUGUGGCAUGGUAAGGAGGUAACUCUGGCUCAGAGGAAGGUGGCCUUUCAGCUGGCUAAGCACUUGUGGAAUGGCACUUUUGACUACACUAACUGUGACAUCAACCCACUCGACCCUGGAGGAUGCAAUUCACUCAUUCCCAGGAAAGGUCAGGGCCGCCCAGACUGGGCCAUAUUCGGCAGGUUGACGGAACACAAUGAGACAUCUUUGUUCAGAGAGAAGUUUAUAGACUGGAGAGAGAUCACCAGUUCACCACCAAAGAACGGCAAUGAACAGUCCUUUGAGCAGAAGCUCUCUCAGGGUCCGGACUCUCGAUCAGAGUGUUGCGCGUACGAUGUGGCUCUGAUGUUGCCGGUCCUCCAGUCGCCCAUCAGCAUGAUCCUAGAUGGGCAGGAUGUGGGUCGGGGUCACGGGCCUGUGGACAGCGGCUCUGAGGACCGUCUGCGCUCUCUGGAGAUCAGUACGGUCAGUGUGGACGUCUGGCACAUCUUAGAGUUCGACUACAGCCGGCUGCCCAAGCAAAGCAUCGGCCAGUUCCAUGAGGGAGAUGCAUACGUGGUGAAGUGGAAGUACAUGGUGAGCGCUGCAGUGGGGAACAGGCAGAAGCCUGAGCAGGUUCGCAGUGCUGGUCCAGGUCGGGAGAAGUGCUGCUAUUUCUUUUGGCAGGGUAGGAACUCCACUGUCAGUGAGAAGGGAACCUCUGCGCUGAUGACUGUCGAGCUGGAUGAGGAGAGAGGCGCGCAGGUGCAGGUGCAGCAGGGCAAAGAGCCACCGUGCUUCCUGCAGUGCUUUAACGGAGGGAUGAUAGUGCAUUCUGGAAAGCGGGAGGAAGAAGAGGAGAACAUUCAAAAUGAGUGGCGUCUGUACUGUGUGCGUGGUGAGCUGCCAGUAGAGGGCCACCUGCUGGAGGUAGCGUGUCACUGCAGCAGUCUGCGCUCUCGCACCUCCAUGAUUCUGCUCAGCAUUAACAAGGCUCUCAUCUACCUGUGGCACGGCUGCAAGACUCAGGCACACACCCGUGAGGUGUCCCGCACCGCCGCAGACAAGAUCAAAGAACAGCGACCACUGGAGGCGGGCCUUCACAGUAGUUGCAACGUGACCGUCCAGGAGUGUGAAGAGGGGGCUGAGCCGGUGGGAUUCUGGGAAGCGUUAGGCAGAAAAGAUCGUAAAGCUUAUGACUGCAUGCUUCAGGACCCAGGCAAAUUUAACUUCACCCCGCGACUGUUCCAGCUGAGCAGUUCUUCGGGUGAGUUUGUGGCUCAGGAGUUUUUCUAUCCAUCCAGAGUGACGGGCCUCGACAGCUCUCUCCCUUUCCUCCAGGAGGACCUGUACUCUGCACAACAGCCAGCCCUGUUCCUGGUAGAUAACUAUCAUGAGGUGUACCUGUGGCAGGGCUGGUGGCCGCAGGACACGGAAACGCCCGGCUCAGCCCGCAUCCGGUGGGAUGCUGACAGAAAAUGCGCCAUGGAAACGGUGCUCCGGUACUGCCAAGAGAACAAUGAGACAAAUCCACCCAAGUCAUACCUGAUCCAUGCAGGGCUGGAGCCUCUUACUUUUACCAACAUGUUCCCCAGCUGGGAGCAUCGAGAAGACAUCGCCGAGAUCACAGAAAGGGAGGCAGAGGUGUGUAACCAGAUCAUUCUGGUGGAGGACGUUCUGUCUCGUCUCUGUCAGAGCACCUAUCCGCUUGAAGCUCUGCAAAGCCGACCCCUUCCCCAUGGUGUUGAUCCUCUGCGCCUUGAAAUCUACCUAUCAGAUGAAGACUUUGAGAAAGCCCUGGAGAUGAAGAGAGAGGAGUACGAGGCCUUGCCAGGGUGGAAGCAAGUCAACGUUAAAAAAGCCAAAGGACUGUUUUAAAAUCACCUGUUGUCAUGUUGAUGGUACCCUCACUUGGGUAGUGUGGCCUCCAGUUGUCAUGAAAACCACCCCUCAGGGGCACAGCCAUGCAACACGCUGAAAACAGGGUAAUGGGGGGGUCAGUUCAAAGGUCACUUUAGAAUUCGCACUUGUGUGUUAACCUGCUGCGGUGUCGGUCUCUGAUGUAAUCGCUGUGUUUGGAGGAAGUGAUGUCGUCGUGUAAGUGUCAGCACAAUCUACGCACUUUCAGCAGCCACCACUGUCCAUGUGAAGUCAUGUUUCUAUGAACUGUGCUGUGCAGUACCACAAUUUACAACGAUCAUUUUUGUCGUUUUGUGUUUUUGUUUCUCUUUUUAAUGGAAAAAAAAAAAUAACAGUUUGGUCUCUCCGUCUCCCCGUUUUGUCCUGAGUCUAUUCCGGGGAUGGUGCUGUCCUGGUGCGUGCAUGUUUGAGAAGAAUGCAGCGUUAUUUUUGAAAAUGUGUGUUUAAAAAAAAACAAAAAAAAACAAAAAAGUCUGUUGUAGUAUUACAGUUGCUCUGGUAUGUUUCCAUCGCGAGAGGAGUUUACAUGCUAAGUAUGUCAGUUCCUUUUUCUGCAUGGAUGAGGUUUGGCUGUUGUGGUGAUCUCUUGCCUUAAAGGUACAGGAGCAUCGAUUAUGUGAGGAGAAAAGAGAUUAAAUUAAUUAAUAUCUGUAAAUGUACAGCAUAGUGCCUUGCUUUUGUGUACAGUUUAUAUACAGAAGGGACUCUAGUCUGCCUUUCAAAGACUUUCUUUGUGAUAAAAGAAAUGGUGAAUAAAUGAAGCAUAUUAAAAAUUCAA